AUGGCCUUUGCACGUUCCACGCUGAAGGCAUACAGGUGCCUUUCGACCGCUUCCAAAAAAUUAGUUCCACCGUUCACAGCUGAGACUGCGGUAGCGAAAGUGAAACUUGCUGAAGACUUGUGGAAUUCAAGGGAUCCCAAUCUAGUGGCCCUCGCCUAUACCCCUGACUCAGUUUGGCGCAACCGGGCCGAGUUCCUCAAAGGACGUGAUGAAAUCGUUCAGUUUCUAAAGAGAAAAUGGGCCAAAGAACAAGGAUACAAAUUACGGAAAGAGUUGUUCUGCUUUCAGGAUAAUAAAAUUGCAGUUCAGUUCUGGUAUGAAUACCACGACGAGAAUAAACAGUGGUACCGAGCACAUGGUCUUGAACACUGGACAUUUAACGAGGACGGAUUGAUGAGAGAACGGCGAUCAAGUAUCAACGAUUUACCGAUUUCCGAUGCAGAGCGAUGGUUCAAAGGGAAAUGA